CACUCAGCGCUUUGUCUUGGAAACUUUGAAUUAUAUUUAAAAAGGCUUAAAUUAUCUUACAUUUUAUCUGCUAAAAAUAACCGUAUCUAGAAGUUCAAUAAUUUAUCAAAUGGAAGAUAAAACAAAGAGUAAGAGAUUAUUAAAGUUUCAGAAAAGGCAUCGCUGUCCGGUUUGUAACAUAAGUACAAAUUCCGAUAGUCAAUUCGAUCAACAUUUAGAAGGCUUUCGUCAUCGACAUAAAAACAUAAUUAUGUGUAAUAUGCAACACAGAAAACCUGAAAACUACGAUUACGACUGUCGGUUUUAUGUACCAGCUUUUAUUCUCGUUUUUAUAACCACAUACUUCUAUUGUUACAUAAUAGUAAAAUUAUGUACGUAAAUGAUAAUGUUAGCAAAUUAUCAUAAUUCAUGGCCAUUAAAGUACCUUAAAUUUCGCGCCACAAUUUUAAUUGGCGGAGAAGUCGUCCCCAAGCGUUCACGGCUUCUAUGCGCACGAACGAACGCGCAGAACAAUGAGGUAGCAGCCAUUUUAUGUCGGUGUCUAAGAAAAACAUAAUUCGAAUGGCCAAUCUUAACGAAAUUGUGUAAUUAGUGCUCUAAUUUAUGUGUUUCUGCACAGGUCACCAUUAUUAGGUGUUUCUAUACUUAUUAGGUGGAGGGAGUUGAGAAUGGGGGAGAGUAAAAUAGUCCACCAUUAGUUUUCCGGCGCAUUGGGGCGUAGGCGUUGGGGGUGUGGCGCGGGGCGUGGGGGUCCCCGUGCCGCCCCCCAGCGACCUACUCGCCACUAUCUCCAUGUUUGAACAACAGAUCAAAGCUGAACCCAUGAGCUUCUACACCCCCCAUUCACAUCACUCAGGACCCCCAACAAUAAUGCGUUCAGACUCAAACCAUGGUGUGAUUAACAUGAACCAGCAUCACCAUCAGGAAGAUUCCAAAGACAGUCUCAUAAUACAGCAACAAGUACAACACCAGGAGAUGCUUGAACAGCAUCAACAGCAACAGGACUUACAAGCACAAGAUGAUGAGUUGAGUUUCAAAGGCAUGGAUGACGAAGGGGUCGAUAUGGAUAUGGAUGGUCGACAAUGUUCACAGGGCAUGGGAGUGGAUAUGGACUCGGUUCAAACUAAAAUGGAGGUGACCAAUGGUGGACAAUUACCAAGAUCUAAGCCUCAAGCCUGUAAGGUUUGUGGCAAAGUUUUGUCUUCAGCAUCUUCAUAUUAUGUUCAUAUGAAGCUUCACUCUGGAAAUAAACCUUUUCAGUGUACGGUUUGUGACGCGGCAUUCUGUCGCAAGCCGUACCUGGAGGUGCACAUGCGCACGCACACAGGCGAGCGACCAUUCCAAUGCGACCUCUGCCUCAAGCGCUUCACACAGAAGUCCAGUCUCAACACGCACAAACGUGUACAUACAGAUGAGCACAUGCGCGCGUUGUUGGCGAACGAGCGGCCCCACAAGUGCGAACUCUGUCAGAUGCGCUUCACGCAGAGCUCCAGCCUCAACCGACACAAGAAAAUACACACGGAGGAACACAAACGCGCGCUGCUGGCUAAGGAACGCCCCUACCAGUGCGGCGUCUGCUUUGUGCGAUUCACCCAGAAAUCGAGUUUGGGCCGGCACGGGAAAAUACAUACCGAGGAGCACAGACGAGCCCUGUUAGAGAAAGUGCGGCCGUACCAGUGCCACAUCUGUUUUAUGCGCUUCACUCAGAAGUCCAGCCUGGGCCGACACGGAAAGAUACAUACCGAGGAGCACAUCCAAUCGCUGAUCAACAAAGUGCGCCCCUAUCAGUGCGACAUCUGUGACAAGUGGUUCACGCAGAAGUCCAGCCUGGGCACUCAUAAACGUAUACACACCGGCGAGCGGCCGUUCCAGUGCACCGUCUGCCUCAAGUCCUUCACGCAGAAGUGCGCGCUCAAUUUGCACGAAAAGAUACAUACGGGCGAGCGGCCCUAUCAGUGCGACGCCUGUCUCAAGCGCUUCACGCAGAAGUCCAGCCUCAAUAUUCAUAAACGGACGCACACAGUCCAGGGCAGACCGUUCCAGUGCCUGUCGUGCCCCGCCGCCUUCACCUGCAAGCAAUACCUGGAGAUACACACGCGCACGCACACCGGCGAGCGGCCGUAUCAGUGCGACAUCUGCCUGAAGCGCUUCACGCAGAAGUCCAGUCUCAACAUCCACAAGCGAACGCACUCAGUGCAGGGCCGGCCCUUCCAGUGUCUGCAGUGCCCCGCCGCCUUCACCUGCAAGCAGUACCUCGAGAUACACAACCGCACGCACACCGGCGAGCGGCCCUACCAGUGCGACGUCUGCCUCAAGAGAUUCGCUCAAAAGUCAACACUCAAUAUACACAAACGAACGCACACAGUGCAAGGGCGGCCGCAUCAGUGCAUGGAGUGUCCCGCCGCGUUCACGUGCAAGCCCUACCUGGAGAUACACAUGCGCACGCACACCGGCGAACGUCCCUUCGAGUGCGACGUCUGUUACAAACGCUUCACGCAGAAGUCCACGCUCAACAUACACAAGCGCCUGCACACCGGUGAACGUCCAUAUGCAUGUGAUAUAUGUCAGAAAAGAUUUGCUGUGAAGAGUUAUGUAACAGCACAUAGGUGGUCUCACGUGGCAGACAAGCCACUGAACUGCGAGCGGUGUUCGCUCACGUUCACGUCCAAGUCUCAGUUCGCGCUGCACAUCCGCACGCACUCCGCCGCCGCCUGCUACGAGUGCAGCGUCUGCGGCAGGACAUUCGUAAGAGACAGCUAUCUCAUACGGCAUCACAACCGCGUGCAUCGAGACAAUCACAGCAAUAUGUCAGCAAACAGCAUUGGCAAUAUGGCCGCCAACAACGCCAACAAUUCGAACAACUUCGACACAUCCGGCGUUUGUGACUUAAGUUUCGUGCCAAUGGUGAACCGCUACAUGACGUCACAGGGCACACAGGUGUCGAUGCAGGACUCCAACAAGAUGUCCGCCAUGUCGCCGCAGUCAAUCGCCUCCAUAUCGUCGCCCCCUCCCCCGCACACGCCGACCCCGCAGCCCAUGUCCGUGCCCAUGCGUCUCACUGACUGAUUGCCGCAAUAGGUGUCGGUGGCGCAGUGUGCAGCCAGAGUGCAAUAUUAUAAGAAGACAGCCGUGAACAGGAGCAGUUAUUGCAGCAGCAGACAUCGCGAGACCGCCCUCUCACAUUCAGCGUGGACUUUACACACUUUUAUACAAAUCUUUUAUUUUUUAUUGAUUUAUUUAUUUACACAUCGUUGGAAUGGAGUGCGAAGUGCGGAGAACGGAGAGCGGAGAGACGCAGCGGUACCGCCUAUAAUAUCCAUUGUGAUUAUUAUUGCAACUGUGAUUUAUAUCUUACCAUCACAAUGUCAUAUUAACUCCCGUGAUGGCAUUCGUAAAUCGUUACUUAAAACUCUCAUCGUUGUAGAUUUUAGGCCUAAAUUUUUGAUCUCAUAUUCUAAUUUGCUUAGUAUUAAAAAAGUUAUUUGGAAAUCAUGAAUGGCUGACCAGAGGUUCGAAAUUCUAAAUUGUUUAUAUUCGGUUGAACGCUUUUCAUGAAAACUUCAUUAGAUUUAGAGUAAACGAUAUCUUAUAGCGAUGCUUUAACUUAGUAAUUUCAUGUAUUAACGGAGUUCACUAAUUUUAUACGUGUUUAAAAUGAAACUAUUUUCAAUGUGGGCUCGUAGUUAUAUAGAAACCUAACAUGUAAUCAGUAAAAAUGCUUUAAUUUUAAUCAGAUAUACAUACGAAGGAAUAAUAAAAUACAAGUACAAAAAUCAGUUGUGCAGCGUCCGAGGCAAUAACGAAGGCUUCACAAAAUUAACUUUAAUAUGAUGUUUAUUGGAGUAAUCCAGAGAAGUGCCUGUUGGAACAUAAAAUUGGCAAUAUUUUAUAAAGCGUGUUACUUUCAUAUUGGGGUUACUUACCCCUGACUUCUCGUGUGGCAAUAAGAUAGACCUGUGACAUUUUUUGAUAUCACUUCGGCCUUGUAUACAUAGAGCGUAUAAUUUGUGAAGCUUCUUACUAAACUUUGUGUGCCUUCUAGCGGAUAGCGAUGUUAGGCAAUAUCACGAGAAACAAUUCAUCUUCCCAAACUUUUACACCCCGCAAAUGUAUUGUGAGAUAGUGACAGAUUCUUUGUGUUUCUUAACAUUCUAACAGAUCAAUAUAACAUUAUUUAAUCUCUUAUUUACAAGUUAUAUACUUUUGGAAUUUAUUAGAAUUUUAAACUUUUUUUUAUUAUUUUCUUUUUUAUAAAAUUUACUAGAUAAAACAUGAAGUUCUUCAUAAUACUAUUUUAAAAGAAAUUUACUAAAUUCAUAAAUAAUUUGUCACUAAAAUUACACUAGGGGUACACUUAAAUUGCAUAAGGUUUUUAUAUUCUCGUCAUACAAAUUAAUUUCAAAGCAAUAGUUUUCAUAACUAGAGUGUUGAAUAGAAUGUAAUGUAGUGAUAUAGCGCAGUAGUCUUCCAGAGUAUUGGCUGCGAACGAGCAGCUACGGGGUUCCUUAUAGGGAUGGUUGGUACUGAAUCAUCCGAAUGAUAUCAAUAGUUUAGAAUCGAUUCUUAAAUAUCGAUAUCUUGAAAGCGAGUUUUGGAUAUUGAUAUUUGACAAUCGAUACAUUCAAGCUUUUUGAAUUUAAGAAUGCAAAUCUAUGAUUUAGUCAAAUUUCAGUAUGCUGUAUAGUAUAGCUGUUUUAUUUCCGUCUAUUUAAAGGUUAUUUUCUAUUUUAUUUAAAACAAGGUUUCUAUAAUUAAUAGUUAUUCGAUUAAGAAAUUUAAUUAAUUUCAAAAUUUUUGAUUCUUUGUAGUAACAGCGAUUGGCUGUCUUUAUGCUUUGACAGUUUUGUUAUAUACGACGUAAAUCAAAGUGGAAAUCGAUACGUUAGCAAGGAUAUGGUCGAUCAUCCCUAGUUCCUUAUGGUUUGCCAUUAUUGAUAUCAAAGAAAGAUUGGUGCCAUUUGUAUGUAAAGGAUGCGGUAGUGUAAGUUUAGUUAAGUUUGCUGGUCAGGGUUGCAAGUUGAUUAUUGUAGGGAACUCAGUCUCAUGUUUAUUGCGAACUGCACUUUUUGAAUUCGCCGUUUUCUUUAUCUCUUUUUAUAUGACUUAUAUUGUUUUGUUUCCGAAUGUGUUAUUGUUUUUUCUAUGACAUUUUAUUUCAUCCGCGAUGUUGUGUGCGUGUCCAUUUGCUGCGGGCGGGAAGUGUAAAUAUUGCUAGGAACUAUUUAUUCGAUUGAAGUUUAAAUCGAUUCGAUAUCGAUAGUCGGUAGCGCGACACGAAGGCGCGUCCCUAAAGCGGCGCGAAAGAUAUCGGAACUGAAGUGAAGAUAAAUUGGAAUUAAUCAUAGA